CGUACAGGGGCAUGGCUCACAGCCAUUCCCAACCCAAAUCUCGGGCUUGUUAUGUCCAGGCACGAGUUCACUGUUGCUCUACGACUUCGGCUGGGUAUUCCUCUUUUUCCGUCUCAUCCAAACGCUGUACGCUGCCCACGUGGUCAAUUGAUUGACAAGUUUGGUGAUCAUCUCCUCGGCUGUCGUAAGAACUCGUUGAGAUCAAAACGUCACGAUGCUUUGAGGGACACCAUCUAUAUUGCGCUGUUGAUAGAUGACAAAGGGACUUUACUAGAACAGACAUUUUCGUCACAGAAUAGCAAUCGCCCUGGUGAUGCUUACCAUCCCAACUUUUUGUUUGGACGUCCUGCCUGUUUUGACCUUACCAUCCGUAACACAGUCCAAUUGAAAUUUGUUGCGAACAGUGCAAAUUCUACCGGUUCAGCUGCAGCAGCAGGGGAACUUGAAAAAGAUCAAGUACGAAGAAGCAGUCGCUGACAGUGGUGCCUUGUUCUUCCCACUAGCAGUGGAAACGUAUGGUUGUUGGACUCCUGAUAGUCUGGAUACUAUUAAAGCUAUUACGUCUAAAGUAGUGACUGCGACUAGUAUUCCUUUUACACAAGCGUAUUCUAAUUUAAUGCAACAAUUGUCUGUUAAUUUGUAGAAAUUUAAUGCUCGUAUGAUACAAAAUAGAUUAAUGUUAGAUGCUGAUGUAAUAGCUUGGCA